AUGUUUGUAAGGACGCGCUAUGGAUUAUGGCCUAAAAUCUUCGGCGACGUGCAGACACGAGUGCCGGUGUACAUCGAGACGGGACGAUACGAUGCCACGACACUGGCGAAUAUUCGUCGCGCGAUCGAUCAGGUGAAUGCCGAUCUCAACGGCUGCGUUGGAUUUUUCGAAGUGUACACCACCGCGCCCGGCCUCGACUUCCUUUGGAUCAGCGACACAUUCAAUUCCGGAACCCGUGCUCUGCACUGCAACGGCAUACCGGGGCGAAGCCUGGAGCAGGCCGGUCGCGGCCAAAAAGCCAUGAUAACGACAGGCGGUGGUGGCGCCGGCAUUUGCGGCGCUUCCCAGCGCGGUAUCAUGUCAGCCCUGGUGACCAGCCUGGGCCUGUUGCCAGAAUACCGUCGACAAGACCGCUCCAUCACUGUCACCGAGGCCAAUGUAGACGCAGCCUAUACCGGGCAGGGCUACUAUACUACUCUCCAGGCUGCCCAGAUUGACACAAUGGCCACUCCCUUCGACUUCAACUCCAUCACCAUGGUGGAGCGGAAUACCCACGCCGCAUCCGGUCAGGUGGUCUUUAGCACGACGCCAACGGACCAGGUCAUCGGCAAUCUGACGCGCUUGAGUCUCGGCGACUGUAAUGCGAUUAGGACGAAGUAUACUUGUCCGACGUUCUUCCAGUGCAGCAAUCCAUACACGUCCGGUACUGUUGACCCUGGUGGUCCCAUCGAGCCGCCUGGGCCCGUUAAUGAGUUCCGAUCGCAACAUUAUCAACACCUACAAAAGUAGAUCAUCUACGAGUACAUCUUCAGUCCCAUGCAUUGAGCGCUGUUCAAGAAUAAGCAAUCUGGUAACUCCAUCAGCUAAGAUAGGGCGACGAAGUGCUGUAUCAUUAUUAUAUAGCAGCUGCUCAUCGUAAUAUCGCUGUUCUGUAAUGUUGAUGCUUUUACUUUUUUAUCAUUGUCCACCAAUUCUUUUGCGCGACCACGAACUUUUAAUCGUCCCCAAUUUUCUAAUAAGCAUAGUGAUGCUCUCAAUUCAGAACGAACAAUUAAAUUCGC